AUGACGAGAACGGUUCAAUCGUCAGCUGUGAGGAUACUGUCGUUGACUUUGGCGCUUCUUAUUGUUGCCAUUACCGCUUCACGCCAGUCCUAUGAUCCGACCAUGCGGGAUUACGUCGAAAUAUGUGACGAAAUGGCUCAGUUAGCUGGCGACAACUUUUGUAGGGUAUUCGAUAUUUGCUGUCGUGACCGUGCAAAGAACAAAUUGAAUGGCGAUCGCUGUCAAUUAACUGAUCCCACUAAUGGAUGCCAACUCACUCCCGAGGGUAAUGUGGAGUUUCUACGAUGUCGAGCCUAUAAUUGUACCCCCGAGGUGACAACCACCACCACCACAACGACAACGACGACUACCGCCCGUGCUCUUUUUCUGAGUUCCUCAUCGACAGAUUAUUCUAAGCAACCAUCUACAGUGGCCACUGAUCAGGAAGAAAAAGCUGCAACCGUUACUCGACAAUUGGUACAAUCCGGAAAACCUCAGAGUUCUUCGUAUUGUUCAAUCCCAUACUGCUCCACUUUGUUUUCCUCUACUCUGUUUUUUGUAAUAUUUUAUGCCAUUCGUUAG